AUGGCGUCCGUGUCGGAGGAUCGCGUGUUGUGCUCUCAAUGCGCCCGUCCUUGGCAAUCCAGUCGAUAUAGAACCUGCUCUCGCUGCCGGGUCCUGGCACGUAACCGCCUUGCCAGAUCCAGAUUGCUUCCUACCACGGUGCCGCCGUCCCUGCCUGCUGCCCCCGCCCGUUCUUCAUCUCUGCCGUUCGCGGGCCUGUCUGGACAGCGUGUGCUCUGUUCACGCUGUGCACGACCUUGGCAGUCGCCUCGGUACAGGGUCUGUGAUGACUGCCGCCAUAAGGCUCGCAUGAUGCGGCGGCGACGGCGUCCGGUACCUGUAGCUGCUUCUGUGGACCCGGGCGCGCAAGUGCUGCCCGUUCUUCCUUACAUCCGUGGACCGUCUAUUAUUACAGUGCAACCUCUAUGGUGGACACGCCUUACCCAGGCCGCAGUCCGGCCCUUCUCUCAGGACUGGUCAAAGGACUGCUCCUUCUGCGGUAUUCCCCUUCUUUCUACUGAGGCUGAUGGCUGGUGCUGUCGGCGAGGCCGCAGACGCUUACCUCACCUACCACCAUUCACGCCAGCUGUGCAGUCUCUCCUGCGCCGGUAUCAAGGCCGUGUAUCUGCCAUGAGCCGUCGGCUCAAUAUCCUGUUUGCCUUUUCCGCCAUCGGCACCACUGGCCAAUUUGUUCGAUUCCAACGUCAGGCGAACGCGGUCCUAGAAGGCCGGCUCUACCACCGUUUGCUGGAUGUCGCGGAUACGGGUCACAGCAUGCACUGGUUUCUUUAUGACGAGUCCGAACGAGGUCUACGGGCAAGGGAUCAUGACAUCCCUAAUGACAUUCUACAUGGGAUACGCGAUUUUCUCAGUCUGGUUAAUCCCUAUGUGCGGACCUUGCGGCACGCCGUCAGUCAGGUCCCAGACCAAACAGUCGCCCUCGCUGUUGAGCUCUCUAUCCCGCCUGCGGGUGGUGAGCUCGCUGCAGUUAUCACUACAGAAAAUCUCCGCCGCGUGGCCCCGCGACAGGUCGUCUUUUACAGAAAAGGUGGCCAGCAGCCACGCUCUGCCAUGGAUGAGGCUCCAAAUCCUGACAUCCCCGAUCUCUUCGAGAACAAAAUCCCUGCCGGUUUCAUGGGGUCCCGGGCCUGGGCUUCGGACCAGGUGGCUGACUCCCUCGCGAUCGCGCGACAGCUGGCCAAGCCGUCACUGUUCCUCACCAUGACGACCAACCCUAACUGGCCCGAGAUUCAGUCCCAGUUGCUCCCGGGCCAACAUUUCACAGACAUCCCUGCGGUGGUGUGCCGUGCAUUCCACGGACGACUCUGUGGGCUGAAGGCCUUUAUGAGGGAGAAAUUUGGAGGCCUCCUGUACGAGAUAUGCGUUACAGAGUUCCAGAAACGGGGUCUACCACACGCGCAUCUGGUCGUUAAGCUCCAACAUGAAUUACCUUUGAGCCAACUAGAUGGCUUCAUCUGCGCCGAGUUACCAGAUCCGGACGAGGACCCUGCCCUACAUGCAGCGAUCGGCAGAUUCCACAUGCACUCGCAGAACCACUUGGACCGGUCCACGUCACGCUGCAACCGAGACGGCCGCUGCAUUUACGAGUACCCUCAACCUAUCAACAACCAGACUUACAUGGAUGAUCUUGGUCGUGUCCAUUACCGCCGACGCAAGCAGGAAGAUCGAUGGGUGACUCCUCAUGUACCCGCCCUAGUGCACCUGCUCGACUGCCAUAUCUAUGCGGACGUGUGCUCUACAGCGACGAUCUUCCUUUACCUGUUUAAGUACCUCUUCAAAGGACCCGAUCGGGCGCGCUUUGGUAUUCGGGCCCUCCACGAUGCCCGGGCAGACGGUGAGGACGACCAGAUAGAUGAGUUCAGAGACUAUAUGAACGCCCGUUACCUCUCUUCGUCCGAGGCUGUCUACCGCAUCCUCAACUUCCAUACUGUCUCCAAACGUCCUGGCGUCCGCUGCCUCUCUGUCCAUCUGGAAGGCAAGAACUUAGGGAGGAUGCACGAUCGAAACCAACCGGGUUACUCCGAGAUGAGCGACCUGUUGUGGUACUUCAAACGCCCAUCCACAGAAACCUUCUCAGGCUUGAAGUAUACCGAGUUCUUCAGCCUUUACUACCUAGAGACGGUGCCCCUGGAUGUUCCACUACACAGAGGUCAGACCCUCAUUGCUACUGUCACCACCGAAAAGGGACCAUGCCAAAAGGUGUUGCGCCGUCGAGUCCGCCAGCCUAUUAUCACCCGACUUCAGACCCUCCCACUUCGUCUGAAGGAAACGUUUUACCUACGCGCACUGCUCCAGGUGCGGCCUGCGAACAGCUUUGAAGAUGUCCGCACUAUCCGGGGUCACUGCUAUCCCACAUACCAGGAGGCUGCCACUGAGUUAGGACUCUUCCAGGAUAACCACGAGGCCGUGUACGCGAUGAAUGAAGCGAUCACAGCCUACAGCCGCCCGUCCCAGCUCCGCUUUCUCUUUGCCCAGCUUCUGUCUAACCUUCCAUUUCCAGCUGUGGAACUAUGGUCCCGCUUCCACGGCGAUCUCAAUGCUGACUAUAGACUACGUCACCCUACAGCCCACGCCACAGACCUUGCCUUGCAGGACCUGGCACGCUAUCUCUCAGCACAGGGAUCGUCCUUGGCACAGUGUGGCCUACCGGAGCCCGUUCAACGUUGUGCGGAGGUGGAUAUGGAACUUGCCUUCUUCCAGACCCAACUGUUAUCUAUCCGCGGGAGACAUAAGGAGGCCUACGGUAGGAUGAACUCGGAUCAGAAAGGCAUCUUCGAUCAUCUCCUAGACCAAUCGGACAUUGGCGGCUGCUACUUCAUCGACGGCCGUGCGGGUCGCGGGAAGACAUUUUUGAUGAGCGCCAUGUGUGAUCGCAUUAGGGCAGACGAGCGCAUCGUAUGCGUGACUGGAACCACCGCCCUCAGUGUGAUCCAUUACGAGCGGGGUCGGACGGCCCACUCGGCCUUUGGCAUUCCUGUUCAGGAGUCUGACAUGGGCUUGGUGUCUAAGGUCAGCCCCCAGUCAGGUCGUGCAGAGCUCCUACGCCAGGCCUCGCUCCUGAUCUGGGAGGAGCUGCCGAUGGCGAAGAAGGCGGUCGUGGAGUGUGCAGACCAGCUCCUUCAAGAUAUCAUGAGGAAUGACCUGCCAUUUGGAGGAAAACUCUUCAUUGGACUAGGGGACUUUCGUCAGGUGGCACCAGUCGUCCGCGGAAGUUCUGGGCCUACAGCAACUCUCAACAGCUCUAUCCGCACCUCCACGCUCUGGACCCACUUUAAGGUCCUGCGGCUGACUACCCCGGUCCGACAGGCCGGGGAUCCGGUAUACGCAAGAUGGGUGGACCAGGUAGGAGAUGGUGUACACCCCUAUGAGACAAGUGUGCCACUGCAUCACUUGCAGCAUCUUGACGACCUUGACGCUGCGGCAGACUUCCUCUUCCCACAAGAUUCCGUCUCUACCUCCGCCGCUGCCGUCCAGCACGCAUUCCUUAGCCCGUUUAACGUGCGCGUUGAUCUGUUUAAUAAGCUCAUCUUAGAAUGGUUACCGGGGCGUGCAGAAACCUAUUACAGUCAUGAUACGAUUAAAGAACUAGACGAUUCCACCUUCAAUCUCCCCACGGGUGCAGAGGCGGAUCUUCUCUCGGUAUUGAACGAGCCCGGAAUCCCCCCGCAUGAGCUCUCACUCAAAAUUGGCGCCGUUGCUAGCGUGAUGCGGAAUCUCUCCAUCGAGAAAAACUUGGUCAAAAACGUGAGGGUCCAGGUGGUUAAUCUGCUACCAAAUGUCGUGCAGGUACGGUUGCUGCAACGAGCAUGA